AUGAUUGGUAUUGAAAUUGAUUUAAUUAAUAUUUUAUACUUUGAUCAUACAACAUCAUCGACUUUUUAUAAUUUUUUUUCAUGUAAUUUUUUACCCGUUUUAAUUAUUUCAAUGGCAUCUGUAUGUCUAUGGUUAAGUGCUUGUGUAGCUAUUGAACGAGUAUUAAUUGAAUCCGGCGUGUUACAAAUGUUCAGUUCUCGACAACAUUCGUUUAUUGUUUCUAUAUUUGUGUUUAUCAUUGUGAACAUAUCUCACAUCUAUCGAAUAUUCUAUCGUCACACAGCCAUACAUCCACUUCUCAAAAGUUUAGAAUUAUGUGAAUUUACUCCUUCAUUAUCAAUUCAAAUACUCGAUAAUGUUGUUGAAAUGUUACAUUUACUUGGUCCAUGUUUAGUUCAUCUUCUCUGUACUCUUUGGGUGUUAUUUCGAAUUAUAAAACAUAAAAUAGAUCUUCAAUAUGAUACUCAAACAACAACAUCAAAUCAUAGAUGGUCAACAUGGAAACAACAAAUACAUAAUCACCGGGAUUUUUUUAUACCACCACUACUAAUUAUUAUUUGUAUAUUGCCACAUGUGAUCAUAUUUCAUAUAUUGAGAAAAUGUCCAAAUACAUUGAUUAGAAUGCGUCUAAAUGUUAUACUUAAUUUUCUCGUACAUAUACCAGAAAUAUUUACAUUCUUUAUAUAUAUUUAUCCAUCAAAAUUAUAUUGGGAACAAUUUUUACAGACAAAGAUUGGAAAAUUAUUACGAUGUUACUGUUGUUUUGCAAAGCAGAAAACAGCAAACAGAAAAGUUAAUAUUUAG